AUGCCUGCUGCAGCUGCCACGUCUACAAACACGUCCGGCGACUUCGUGCGCCUGCACAUCACUCCCCUGGACCGAGAGCUCCUCAACAUUGUCGUCCCCGCCUCCUUGCGGCCCAACGCUCGCAACAUCUCGUUCCACACCGUCGAGACGUUUCCCGAGAGGCGAUUCGGCUUCGUCGAUCUGCCCCAGAUGGACGCUGACAAGCUGAAGAAGAAGCUCAACGGCACCGUCCUCAAAGGCAGCAAGCUUCGUAUCCAAACCGCCCGUCCUGAGGAGCGCAUCGAGCCGACUGCAGACGCGGUAAGACCCGACAAGAAGCGGAAGAAGUCCAAGGACUGGCCCGAGGGAGCCAAGAGGCAGAAAUGGGACCCCGACGUCUUGGAGGGCGUCACUCUCAAGGACCGCAAGGUGAAGCGAGGCUGGACCGAGUCGGUCGACGCAAAACGGAAGCAUAAGAAGACCAAGGACAAGGAUGGCCGAGAAAAGGAAAAGCGCAAGCGGCCCAAGUCCAAGUACACAGACAAGGAAGAGUGUCUGCUCAAGGUCAAGCUUCCUCCAAACGCCACGGGUAACCUGUCGCACGAGGAUACGCAGAAGAAGAGCAACAAGAGCAAGUCGCGCGAGGUGACGGUCCAUGAAUUCGAGAGGACCACGCAGUUUCCAAGCUUCCUCAAGCAUGCUGCGCCCGAGACGAGCGGCAAGUCAGCGGUGGAUUUUGUCGAUGGCAAAGGCUGGAUAGACGAGAACGGCAACGUGGUCGAGGCAGUCAAGACGAGGGCUCCGGCUGUGCAACCGAAGCCCAAGAAGGCCCAGAAAUCAAACGUUGCCCCCGAGGAAGAGUCCGACGACAGUACGAGCAGCAGCGGCACGUCGUCCGAAGAAGAGGAGGAGGAGGAAGAGGAAGAGGAGGAAGAGCCUGUCAAGGAGGAGCUAGAGAAACAGUCCGCAACGGAAGAAGGGGACGAGAGCCCGGCCACCGGAGACAGAGUGACGAAGGCUUCCGAUUUCACGACGCCCCUUUCCGCCAUCAAGACGGGCAGUUCGCGGCCGCUGUCGUCGAGCUCCUCCAAGAGCCUGACCAUCAAGAUUCCGCCGCAGACGACGCCGACGACCACCAAGAUCCACCCCCUGGAGGCGCUCUACAAGCGAGCCAAGCCCGACGCCGACGCCGUGGAAACCCCAGCACAAGCCGAGCCCUUUAGCUUCUUUGGCGGCGGCGAGGAAGACGAGGAAAAGGAAAAGGAACAGGCCGGGCGACCGGUGCCGAUGACGCCCUUUACCCGGCAGGACUUUGAGCGGCGCGGCAUGCGCAGCGCAGCGCCGACCCCCGACACAGCGCAUCCGUCACGAAAGCACAACCUCUGGGCCGCCACCGCGCAGGGCGACGACGACGAGGAGAUGGACGACGGCGACGGCCAUGACGACGAGGCCGGCGGGCCCGACGAGGCGCAGGCGCAGGACCGCACCGACUUUCAGGCAUGGUUCUGGCAAAACCGCAGGGAGCUGAACCGGUCGUGGAUGACGCGGAGAAAGUCGGCGGCCAAGGAGAAGCGCCACCGCGAGAACAAAGCGAGGGCGUCCAAGGCGGUGUGA